AUGCUGCGCCAGCUCACCGUGGACCAGAUCAACGACUGGUUCACCAUUGGCAAGACCGUGACGAACGUGGAGCUGCUCGGCUCGCCGCCCGCCUUCCCGGCCCAGGGCGCGUGCGGGGAAGCGGAGUCCGGGGAGCUUCCCGAGGCCCCGGGCCCGGCGCAGGCCCACGCUCCGCGUCCCGCGCGGUCCCCAGCGGCGGCCAGGCCGACCGCGGCUCUCGGGAGGUCACUCAGACAGAGGAGCUCAGAAAUGGAGUAUAUUAACAAAUACAGACAACUUGAAGCAGAAGAACUUGAUAUGUAUGACAGUGAUCAAUCACCCAGCGGGCCAGGUCCAAGGCAACCUCUGGCUAAAUUACAAAAUGUGACAUGCAUUCCAGAGCCAACCUAUAAGUAUCCUGAUUUGCCUAUAAACCGAUGUAAGGAAGAGAUUAUUUCUUUGAUAGAAAGCAAUUCUGUGGUGAUCAUACAUGGUGCUACAGGGAGUGGUAAGAGUACACAACUCCCGCAAUAUGUCCUGGACUACUAUACUCAGCACUCCACCUUCUGCAACAUAGUGGUUACUCAGCCACGGAAAAUAGGGGCCAGCAGCAUUGCUAGGUGGAUCAGUAAAGAGCGUUCCUGGACACUGGGUGGCUUGGUGGGCUAUCAGGUAGGACUAGAGAAAAUAGCAACAGAAGACACCAGGUUAAUUUACAUGACCACUGGAGUACUGCUUCAGAAAAUUGUAAGUGCCAAGAGUUUGAUGGAAUUCACGCACAUCUUCAUUGAUGAAGUACAUGAGCGGACUGAAGAAAUGGAUUUCCUCCUGUUGGUAGUUCGCAAGCUCUUAAGAACAAAUUCACGUUUUGUGAAGGUGAUCCUCAUGUCUGCCACCAUCAAUUGCAAGGAGUUUGCUGACUACUUUGCUGUUCCUGUUCAGAACAAGAUGAAUCCUGCAUAUAUCUUUGAAGUGGAAGGCAAGCCACAUGAUAUUGAAGAGUACUAUCUUAAUGAUCUGGGGCACAUUUAUCACAGUGGGCUCCCUCCCUAUCGCCUGGAAGAUCCAGUGAUAACGAAGGAUAUCUACGAGGUUGCUGUCUCCCUGAUUCAGAUGUUUGAUGACCUGGACAUGAAGGAGACUGGGAAGAAGACCUUGUCAGGGGCCCAGUUUGUGUCAGAGAGAAGCAGCGUAUUGGUGUUUUUGCCAGGUCUGGGUGAAAUAAACUAUAUGCAUGAGCUUCUCACAAACAUAGUUCACAAAAGGUUACAGGUUUAUCCACUCCAUUCCAGUGUGACUUUAGAAGAACAGAAUAAUGUGUUUUUAAGCCCAGUCCCUGGGUACAGAAAGAUUAUUCUGUCUACCAACAUUGCAGAGAGUUCUGUCACAGUUCCAGAUGUCAAAUAUGUUAUAGAUUUUUGUCUGACCAGAACUCUGGUUUGUGAUGAAGAUACAAAUUAUCAGAGUCUGCGAUUGAGGUGGGCCUCUAAGACCAGCUGUGACCAGAGAAAAGGCCGUGCUGGACGAGUGUCUAAAGGAUACUGUUACAGACUGAUACACAAGGAUUUCUGGGACAGCACCAUCCCUGAUCAUGUUGUUCCUGAGAUUUUGCGUUGUCCAUUGGGAAGCACAAUACUGAAAGUGAAGUUACUUGACAUGGGUGAACCAAGAGCACUGCUGGCAACUGCCCUUUCUCCACCUAGUCUGAGUGACAUCGAGCGUACCAUCCUUCUCCUAAAGGAGGUUGGAGCACUGGCAGUUAGUGGGCAGAGAGAAGAUGAAAACCCUCAUGAUGGCGAAUUGACCUUCUUAGGAAGAGUGCUGGCUCAGCUCCCUGUCAGUCAGCAGCUGGGGAAACUCAUCGUGCUUGGGCAUGUGUUUGGAUGCCUGGAUGAAUGUCUCAUUAUAGCGGCAGCUCUUUCUCUGAAGAAUUUUUUCACGAUGCCUUUUCGGCAGCAUCUGGAUGGAUAUAGGAACAAAGUCAACUUCUCGGGUAAUAGUAAGAGUGACUGCCUCGCGCUUGUGGAAGCAUUUAAAGCCUGGCAGGCUUGCAGACAGCGAGGAGAGCUACGGCAUCCCAAGGAUGAACUUGACUGGGGACGGUUAAACUACAUUCAAAUCAAGAGAAUCAGAGAGGUGGCUGAAUUAUACGAAGAAUUGAAGACUAGAAUCUCACAGUUCAACAUGUAUAUGGAUCCUCAGCGUCCUGUAUUGGACCAAGAGUAUCCAUACAAGCAGCGCUUCAUCCUACAGGUCAUAUUGGCUGGUGCUUUUUAUCCAAAUUACUUUACUUUUGGACAGCCGGAUGAAGAGAUGGCAGUGAGGGAGCUGGCUGGCAAAGACCCAAAGACAACAGUUGUGCUGAAGCACAUUCCCCACUACGGAUUUCUUUACUACAAACAAUUGCAGUCUCUCUUUAGACAAUGUGGUCAAGUAAAAUCCAUUGUAUUUGAUGGUGCAAAAGCCUUUGUGGAGUUUUCACGGAAUCCAACAGAGAGAUUUAAGACUCUUCCUGCAGUGAACUUGGCAGUUAAGAUGUCUCAGCUGAAAGUGCCCCUGGAGCUCAGUGUUCAUGCUGCAGAGGAGAUUGAAGGGAAGGUGCAAGGAUGGUCGGUGUCAAAGCUUAGAAACACAAGAGUGAAUGUGGAUUUCCAGAAGCAGACAGUAGAUCCUAUGCAAGUCUCAUUCAACACAUUGGGCAGGCCUCGGACAUUUGCGGAUCUCCUUCUAACUAUUGAUGUCACUGAGGUGGUGGAAGUGGGGCACUUCUGGGGGUACAGGAUCGACAAAAAGAAUGCAGAGCUUCUGAAGAAGCUUACUGAUGAGAUCAACAGACUGAAGCUGGUACCCCUUUCCAUUCACCCGCACUCGGAUUUGGUCUGUCUGGCGCCUUUUGCUGAUUAUAAUAGGGAAAGCUACUUUAGAGCUCAAAUUCUUUAUGUUUCUGGAAAUUCUGCUGAGGUAUUCUUUGUGGACUAUGGUAAUAGAUCUCAUGUAAAUCUAGAUCUUCUCAUGGAGAUUCCCUGUCAGUUACUUGAACUUCCAUUUCAGGCUUUGGAAUUUAAGAUUUGCAAAAUGCAACCCUCAGCAAAGUCUCUUGUUUGUGGUGAGCAUUGGAGUGGUGGGGCCAGUGGGCGGUUUGCCUCCCUGGUGAGCGGCUGUGCUCUCCUGGUGAAGGUCUUCUCAGUUGUGCACAGUGUCUUGCAUGUGGACGUGUACCGCUACUCCAGCUCCCAAGAUGCCAUCAACAUCAGAGACAUUCUUAUCAGGGAGGGUCAUGCUGAACUCGCUGAGGAGUCCUAUGAGUCAAAACAAAGCCAUGAAGUGCUCAAGGGUUUCUUUUCCAAAUCAGUGGAAACCAUGUUGGACGGGUCAGUGCCCACUGUAAUGAAGGACAGUGAGAAGCAUCUCAUCCGAGUUCUGCUGGAGAGCUUUUCUUCCAAUAGACUGGGUGCCCCGAACUGCAAGGCAGUACUCCAUGGGCCCUUUAACCCUUAUGAGCUGAAGUGUCAUAGUCUGACCAGAAUAUCCAAGUUCAGGUGUGUCUGGAUUGAGAAGGAGAGCAUCAACUCCGUGGUCAUUAGUGAUACUCCUGCAGAACAGCACCAGAGGAUGCUGGUGGCAGCUUCUGUCUCAGUCAACGAGACUGGAUCUACCAUGCUGCUAAGAGAGACCUCCCUAAUGCCUCACAUCCCAGGCCUGCCAGCACUCCUCAGCAUGUUAUUCACACCAGUGAUGGAAUUAAGAGUUGAUCAGGAUGGAAAAUCAUAUACUGGAGUCCUUUGUGGUCUGGGAUGGAAUUCAAGUACAGAGGCUCCUAUACUGCCAGAGCAUGACAUUGAGCUGGCCUUUGAUGUGCAGUUCAACAUGGAGGACAUAGUAGAGAUUAAUAUACUCAGGGCUGCUAUCAACAAGCUAGUGUGUGAUGGACCAAAUGGAUCCAAGUAUCUUGGGCCAGAAAGAAUUGCACAGUUACAAGAGAAUGCUCGCCAGAAGCUUCUAGGCUUGUUCUGUCGGUUGAAGCCCAGAGAAAAGAUUGUUCCUAAGUGGUAUGAAAAACCCUACGAGUGGAAUCAGGUGGAUCCAAAGCUGGUCAUGGAGCAGGCUGAUCGGGAAGGCUGCCGAGGGAAGAACACUUUUCUCUACCAGCUUCACAAGCCCAUCGUGCUCAGUCCCUGA